UUGCAAGAAAAAAACUUACCAUCAAAACUUCUCGAACAAGCGGAAAAUAGAUUCCAGCCGGAAUGUAGCUGUGACGCCUGUGACAGUCUUCGCACGGUAAUUGAAGACAGCUGUUGUUUUGUUGUUUUGUCACCACUCACCAGUAACGAUACGUCACUUUCAAAAUUCGUCAAUUGAAAUCGUCAGCUUCGGCAAAGAUGGAAUAGCUGAGGAUUUUUACAAUAAGUAUUCAAGCCUUGUACAUUUUAAGUUUUAAGAGAAGCCGAUCGGAAUUAAAUCUUAUUGCACCCGUCUUUUACGUAACAAUUCUCCGACUUCAACAAAUAAUGCAAAACAAUGAUACUCGAAUCCGUGAUUUGAGACGAUAUGGUCAGAUGUAUUUUACGCGCCAGGAGGCGUUCAAAGACGUGGUAGCAGCUGAACGAUUGCCUCUCCCGUCCUCUUAAGGAGAAUUCACAUCGGAGCAGAAAAGAAGGAUGGGAAAAAGAGCAGAAGCCAAUCAGAAGGAAUUUGCUUCCACACAAGAUUUUACUACAUCGAAAUUGAAACAUGGUAUAAAAAAAGAUACCUUACCAUCAAACCCAAAGAAGCCACUAAAUACAUUUCUGUUAUACUACACCUCUAUAAAGAACAAAUUGCAAGAAGAGUAUCCCAAUUCCAAACAAACUGUUAUUAUGAAAAAAGCAUCAGAGAAAUGGGCACAAAUUGACCCAACGAUAAAGCAGAAUUUUCAAAAGCAAUAUCUUGAACAAAAUUCUGUGUAUAAGCAGAAGUUAAUGGAUUAUGAGAAUUCUUUAACUAAUAAACAGAGGGUUGAAGUAAUACAAAGAUUAUUGGAACAAGGACAUACUUCGAAAAAACCCGAAAUCAAACAAAGACUUACAGAACUUGGAAAACCAAAACGGCCACUGUCUGCCUUCAUAUUAUUUUUGCAAAAUAAAAGGAUUACCAAAAAACCACAAAUAUCCUACAAAGAUUGGAUAUAUGAUGUAACUGAAGAAUGGAAGAAUAUGCCGAUGGAAGAUAAAAAUAAAUAUAAUGCAGAAGCAAAAGAUUUAUUAGAAAAAUAUAAGAUUGAAUUGAAAAAAUGGCAGGAAGAUAUGAUUAAAGCAGAUGAACGACAUGGAUCUACAGAGGACAUGGUACUUCGCGAUAAAAAUGUUUUACAAACUGCAAUGGAAUAUCCAAGAAAUAUGGCAAUGGAUACAUCGAUAAACGAUGUUAAAAAGACAGUUAUACCUCAUUGUACACAUAUACAUACACAGAUAUAUACAUAUUUUGUCUCGACAUGGAAAAGAGUUUUGACAGUCCUAACUGAGAUUAGAGAAAACUGGAAGAUGGUAAGAGAAUACAUAUUUAUUGGCACAGUUGGAAUUCUAAUAUCAAUAUUUUGCGUUUUGAAUCUUAUGUAUAAGUAAGUACCGUGUGUAUA